CGCCGUCUUGUCUGGCUCUUUGUCACAAUAACUUCUGUUUACGUGUGUCCCCUCCCCCUUCCGCCUUUACCUGAAUGUCAAUGUGUUUCUCUACCUGUUGCUUAAGUCUCUUGACAACAGCUGGUUGCUGACCGGACUCUUCCGUAGGAUUAUUUAGUUUUGUCCCCAGCGAGCCGUAGGUUUGUCAGAUGUUUUGGAUUUAGUUCAUUGGAUAGCGUGUGUCUUGUGUCCACAUUGUGGGAUGGCCUGAGCAUGUGUCUAGGAUUUAUUUUUGUUUUGGCCGAGGUAGACCCGGGGUUUCCACUAUUGAUCAACAACAUCUGAAACGUGGUUCGCCUUCUCUUGCCACCACGCCACUUCUCCCUGAAGUUUGUAUUCUACUCUAUUUUAUUCUAUAAAUAAAAUAAAACACAAGCAUGGGUAAACAAAAGUUCUUAUUAAGAUGCUCUCUCAAGUGUAUGAUCUAUAUUAUUUUUCAUAGUUUCUGACACGUGUGUAUUAUAUGCGCAUGAGAGGAAUACUUUUCGGUCCACCUGCUAGUUUGGUAUUGGAGUGAGACAUCUUAACGCAAUGUUCUCUUAACCUUUUUAUCCGGGAUCCUGUUUCCAGGCAUGGAGGCUAUGCGCUCACACUCCUGCGUUAUGUUGUUCCCAUCACUUUACUGACAUACGGUGGUAUGUUUCGCUGGCCAAAAAUGUAUUUUCUCUCUCUCUCACCGUCUCCGGCCACAUAACCGUGGUUGUUUUCAAGCGUUGGGCGGGUAUAAAUACUGAUCAACACGAAACCUGAGCAGACAGGUCCCGCCGAUGUGUGGAGGCAGAUGAAGUCAUGUCACCGUAUCCAAGCGUUCAUCUGUUUUAAUGUUCAUCCCGGGGUCGGCUCUCGCUGUGGGGCGACCGCUGGAGUUUCACGUCCUUUUCAACACUUUGGUCUAUUCUUACCACCCACUGCAUCGGCACUAAUGCCAGGAAGGACUUUAUUUUUUAUUCCUUUACCCCGAUGAUUCGUGAAGCAUCUCUGUCAACAUCAUGUCAACACAUUGCUGGAGGACCGGAUGCUGAAGAAAAAACAUUGGUUGCCAUCCGCUCUAAAUUUCUUCUACUUCAAGAGGGAGAUAUGGAAAAAUUACACAUUGGUGUAGGAGCUGUACGGCGAGUACAGGGAACAAUUGGGAAGCUUUGCCAGACGGGAGGCGGCACGCCUGCUGACAGAGAAACAAUGGCGACAGGCGGGAGACGACACCAUGGGAACCGGACGCAAAGGCCAUGGCCGGCGGCACCACGACCCCCACCGCCACCGCCAGCAGCACCAGCCCCCCACGCUGGACUCUCAUCUGUCCCAAACCUCCUCCUCCACCCAGAAGCCCCGGCCCUACUCCAAAUGCCAAGACUGUUUUGCUCGUGUAUGGCGGCAGAUCGUCAAAAAGAUGGGGGACGACUGGAUCUUCCUGGUUCUGCUGGGCCUGACGAUGGCGCUGGUCAGCUGGACUAUGGAUUACACCAGCGCCAAGAGUUUACAAGCCUAUAAGUGGGUCCACGGAGAGCUGGCGGGCAACGUGGCGCUGCAGUACCUGGCCUGGGUGUCCUACCCCAUGAUCCUCGUCACCUUCGCCUCGCUCUUCUGCCACCUGGUCGCCCCGCAGGCCAUCGGCUCUGGUAUCCCCGAGCUGAAGACCAUCCUGAGGGGCGUGGUGCUGAAGGAGUACCUGACCCUGAAGGCCUUCGUGGCCAAAGUCAUCGGCCUCACCGCCGGCCUGGGGAGUGGGAUGCCAGUGGGGAAGGAGGGCCCCUUCGUCCACAUCGCCAGCAUCUGCGCCGCGGUCCUCAGCCGCUGCAUGUCCUUCUUCUCCGGGGUCUACGAGAACCCUUAUGGGUACAGUGACAUUCUGACUGUGGGCUGUGCCGUGGGAGUGGGUUGCUGCUUCGGUACUCCACUAGGAGGGGUUCUGUUUAGUAUUGAGGUCACCUCUACCUACUUUGCGGUGCGGAAUUACUGGCGUGGCUACUUCGCUGCCACGUUCAGCGCCUUCAUAUUCAGGGUGCUCUCUGUAUGGAACAAGGAUGCUGUCACCAUCACAGCCCUUUUCAAAACCAAUUUCCGCAUGGAUUUCCCCUUUGACCUCCAGGAGUUGCCAGCUUUUGCAAUAAUAGGGAUCUCGUGUGGCUUCCUCGGGGCGUUCUUUGUCUAUCUGAACAGACAGGUGGUUCUCUUCAUGAGGCGACCGACGGCACUCGUACGCUUCCUAACCAGACAUCGAUUGAUCUAUCCAGGUGCAGUGACCCUGAUCAUCGCUACCUUCACGUUUCCUCCAGGGUUUGGUCAGUUCAUGGCCGGGGAGCUCAUGCCCAGGGAGUGCAUCAACUCCUUGUUUGACAACUUCACCUGGACCAAGAUCAACCCAGCGGCGCUCCCCGCGGGGCUGGGCCGCUCCUCCGCCUGGCUGCACCCCAACGUCAGCGUCUUCCUCAUCCUGCUGCUCUUCUUCGUCAUGAAAUUCUGGAUGUCGGCCGUGUCCACCACCAUGCCCAUCCCCUCGGGGGCAUUCAUGCCUGUCUUCAUAUUAGGUGCUGCGUUCGGUCGCCUUGUGGGGGAGAUCAUGGCGACUCUCUUCCCAAACGGGAUCCUAUUUGACGGCAUCGUUUACCGCAUCCUGCCGGGAGGCUACGCUGUCAUUGGAGCGGCGGCCAUGACAGGCGCGGUCACCCACACCGUGUCCACGGCGGUGAUCUGCUUCGAGCUGACGGGCCAGAUCUCCCACAUCCUGCCCAUGAUGGUGGCCGUCAUCCUGGCCAACAUGGUUGCCCAGGGCCUGCAGCCCUCCCUCUACGACUCCAUCAUCCAGGUGAAGAAGCUGCCCUACCUCCCCGAGCUGGCCCUGGGACACAUCAGUAAGUACAACAUCUUUGUGGAGGACAUAAUGGUGCGGAGGGUGAAGUUCCUGUCCUCCCACUCCACGUACCGGGAGAUGAUCAACCUGCUGGACAGCACCAGCCUGAGGACCAUCCCCCUGGUGGACUCCCGGGAGUCCAUGAUCCUAUUGGGCUCCAUCGAGAGGACGGAGCUACAAGGCGUCUCCGAUUGGUGGCUCUCGGCGGAGAGGCGGGUCUUUGAGAAGGGUCAGGGUUCAGGGGGGCAGGGCGUGCAGCCCGGCUGGGAGUCCUUUGCCUACGUGGACGAGGAGGAAGGGGAGGAGAUUGCCCACAAGCAUCGACCCGUUAGCAGUCCUGAGUCCAGUCCAGCACUGGAUGAAUGCAACGGCCCUGUGGCCUCCCCGAAGCCCCGGGAGUCAGGGGACACCAACCACAGCACCUCAGACAAGAGCAAGCUGCCAUCGGUCCGCAGGGCCCUUCAGAGGAUGUUCUCCUCCACCUCUCUAUCUGCCCAGGCUGAGACACCGGAGGCUAGCCCGCCUCCACUGAACGAGACCAUGAACCCAGAGGAGAUCAAGGCCUGGGAAGAACUGGAACUGGAUAAGCCAAUCGAUAUGGAGCAAAUACGAAUAGAUCCCUCUCCAUUCCAGCUUGUGGAAAGAACCUCUCUUCAUAAGACCCACACGCUGUUCUCCCUGCUGGGCCUCAGUCACGCCUAUGUCACCAGCAUAGGCAAGCUUGUGGGCGUCGUAGCGCUCAAAGAGUUGCAAAAGGCCAUCGAGGGCUCCACCCGCAGCGGGGUGAGACUGCGCCCCCCGCUGGCCAGCUUCAGGGAUAGGAGCCGCAAGGCCAAGAAGCACCAGCCCCCGACCUCUGGCCCCUCCUCCCCCACAGGCGAGAGGGAGCUGUGGGGGGAGGGCAGCAGCAGGAGGGAGCCCAAGGAGGACUUCGGGACCACACCCGCCACCGUCACCACCCCCUCCCCCUCCUCCUCAGGAGCAGAGGGAGGGGACACGGCCCCGCCCUCCCCCAGAGGGGCGGCGACGUGCGCCGCCGGCGAUUGCGUCAUCACCACGGGAGAGGAGGAGGCCCCGCCCCCUCCGCCACCGCCAGGGUCCCCAUGUCCCUCUACCUCCUCCUGCCCUCCCUCGCCGUCCACCGCUGCUCCCGCCUCCUCCUCCUCCUCCCCCUCCUCCUCCCCCUCCUCCUCCCCCCCGGCCCACUGCCCUCUCCACCCCUCCUCGCCCGUCCUCACGCUGGCCUCGCUGCAGGAGGAGAGGGAAAGCGAGGAGUCUGACGAAGCCCUCUAGGAGGGGCGUCGGUGAGGAAAGACUUUGAUACUCCUCUUGUUUCAUUUGGGAAACACAGCGACAGAACUGGGAGACUGCCGGCUUCCUGGAGGAGGAGGAGGAGGAGGAGGAGGGAGAGGAGAAGGAGCACAGGGGGCCUGUCAGAAUAAAAGCCCCACACAAACAUUCACUUCUCAGUGAGAAUGCUCCGGAGCUGCUAGCUUAGUCCGAUACUUUUUUCUACUCUUAACACUCACUUUUUUGUUUUCCACUUUCAGUCUCAGGAGUCUCGUGUGUUUUCAAAACGCGCGGCAGUUGUGACCACUUUUAAUGAGAAAUCAAACCCACGCACUCAAACUGCGCCCGUGCUUUGGAGAUAGUGCUAGAAUGGGGAUGGAUGCGUGUAUCUUUUUUCACAUUAGUCCGCUCAUUUGUCCUCGAAUACUGUACCAUUGUGGCAAAGUUAGUAGCCCACAGUGGUUAGUAGUGUUGGUAAGGAAAUGAUGUAUUGUGAAUGAAGACCUUAAACUUAAAUCAGGUUUUGCCAAUCAAGCAUUCAAUGUUCCCUGGAGAUUAAUUUAAAUUUAAAUUAUUUAACUACGAGCUUUAGCUCAUGUUUACAUAUAAGUGUAAACAUUAUUUAUAUUAGCAAUACGAACAUGAAUAAUUAUAUCAAUGAAUCAUUUUUAAACAAUAAAUAUUUCAGUUUACACACUGUCUGAUUCCAAUCAUUUACUAGAGGGGAUUUUAAAACCUUUAAGCAAUAUAAAUAAAUAAGACUUCACUGUGGCCCUGUCUUCGGUGCAUGAUUAUAAUAAAUAUAUUAUCCAUGAGAUUAUGAGUAACUAAAGUGCACCCACCCAUGAUUGAGUCAACCUUAAUAUUUAAAGUAAUAUCCCUAAAUCAUGUAGACAACAAGAGAAGAAGAUGGCUGCAGGGAGAAUGUUAUAAGUACAGGUUUGCUUAGGGGCCAUUUACCAACAUAUCAUUAUGAUAAUAAUGCUCAACAUCAUAAUAAUAUAGUAUGGUUUAUCUAUAGUAAUAUAGUAGAAAUAGUAAUAAUAAUAAAAGUGGGCUUCUCCUCUCCAGCCUCAUUACAAAACGUUAUAAAUGAUAUUUAACCCUGGGAUACCGCGCUGGGUGUCCCCCAUAAGGAAGACCUCACCCCAAGACUGAGCUGCUGAUUGGUUGUUUAACAUGAACCCUCUGCAGGCUGUGCCCUCGGCCUGCCAGCGGUCGUGUUGAGGAGAUAUGUGGGCCUGGGAGGACAAGUGGUCCAGCUUCCUGGCAGCAAGGUAGCCUUCUCUGCCAGCCUCUAAGUGAUUGCUGUGUUUGGCCAGGACAGCCCUCCCCCAAAACGACUCCACCAGUGACUGCACCAGAGGCACUUGGAGCCAAGAAGAGGCCAAAUAUAUACGGACGUGAUUAAUCACAGACACGUAGACGGUCGGGGAGAGGUUGAGGGAAGAAGCGGUACAAAGCAGAAAUUUGAUUUGUUGGUCAUUUAUUGUCUCUUUCCCCCAGCGGAGGGAAAGAGGAGAGGAAGAAAGGUACAAGCCCCGAGGAGAGGGAGGAGGAUCUCUCGUGCAGGAAGUAGAGAGGGGAGGAGAAGGAGGGAGAGAA